UGCAUGGGUCCGGUUGCUGAGGAGAAAGAAUCCUAAGGCAUCACUGUGAGAUAACCAAGGACUCUUUUUUGCUCUUCUCACACCUUUGAAGUGGGAGCCUCUUGAAGCCAAUCAGCAAGAAUGUGGCUCUUGUAGCCGAGGGUCUGGGGGGUUGCUGGGGCUGCUAAAGGCAGAGGGGCUGGGACAAGCUCUGCUGGGCUGAUAACUUUAAAAGGGCAUCUUCUGCUGGCUCCUCACUCAGCUGCUUUAUCGCUGCAAGUGACAGAAUGGGGAGGGUUCCAUCCCUCUUGUGCUCUCGGAGAGCUGGGGGGGCUAUAAAAGGAGGCGGCUCAGGGCAGCUGGUAGGCAGAGACGGACGAAGACCACGAGAAGGAACCCAGAGAGGAAGAAGAAGACGCAGCAAGCACCAGACCAGCUCUUGGCCAACGCCAGCAUGGGCUCCUUCUCCACCAUCACUGUGUGCUUCCUCCUCUUCCUGGCAUUUCAACUCCCAGGUCAAAUCAGAGCGAACCCUGUGUACACCUCCGUGUCCAAUGCAGACCUGAUGGAUUUCAAGAAUUUGCUGGACCGUUUGGAGGACAAGAUGCCUUUAGAAGAUGAGGUCGUGCCCCCACAAGUACUAAACGAGCAGAAUGAUGAGGCUGGGGUGGCUGUCAACCCCCUGCCUGAGGUGCCUCCCUGGACCAGGGAGGUCAGCCCAGCUCAGCGAGAUGGGGGUGCUCUUGGGAGGGGCCCCUGGGACUCCUCCGAAAGAUCUGCCCUCCUGAAAAACAAGCUGAGGGCACUACUCACUGCCCCUCGGAGCCUGCGGAGGUCCAGCUGCUUCGGGGGCAGGAUUGACAGGAUUGGAUCCCAGAGUGGCCUCGGCUGCAACAGUUUCCGGUACCGAAGAUAAUGGCCAGGGAAGAAAAGGUGGCCCAGACCCAGGCAGACUCCGAGACCCUCACCCCCUGGGAUCUCUCACUCAACCUUGUCCUAUCCCAUGGCCAUCGAGUUGACGAGCACCGGUUCCAGCAGCAGCUUCUGGUCAACGUUUCUCAUAUUUUAUGCUAACUGUAGAUAAAAUGGGUUAAUUGUGUCUUCCCCCGCCUCUCCUACCCCCAUGCCAUUAACUUUUAGGAUACACCCCACCUGCUACUGAAAGCGGUUUGAAAAUGAAUAAAUGUCAGCACCAUGGACAGAAGCCAAUGGCUUGGGUUGGUGUGAUUUCUUUCGUUUCCAGGGGAAGAGAAUCCAGCCCAAUUUACCUUGUCAAAGGAGCCCUGGUGGUGCUGUGGUUAAGCGUAUGGCUGCUAACUGAAAAGUCAGCAGUUGAUGGUUCAAACCCACCAACUUCUCUGAGGGAGAAAGAUGUGGCAGUCUGCUUCCAUGAAGAUUACAGCCUUGGGAACCUUAUGUGGGCAGUUCUGCUCUGUUCUAUGAGUUGGAAUUGACUUGA